GUUACGAGCGGACGACAGUCUCUCUCUUCACGACACUCGAGAACGUCGCGUUCAACUGCCGGUGGAACUGAUGGAACUGAUGGAAGGACAGUGCGUUUUUGCCGCUCCACGCAUGGAGGCAAACUGCGAGGCGAAUCGCACGGACACGAGGUACGGAGUGAACCACCUCCUCGUCCACCACCACCGCGCCUCUCAGGCUCUUACUCCAUGCAGUGUCGGCACGGCACCAUCGUCGCAGUACUCGCAGCAGCAGCAGCAGCAGCAGCCACCAUCGUACCAUCCACUAUCCAGUCAGCCAGGCAAGGCAGCCUGCCCUGCCAGUCUGUUCUGCCAGUAUUCCUCGUUUCGUCGUCGCUCUGCGCUCUGUGCUUUUCGCUCAGUGCCGAGCCGAGGCGGCGAGGAUACCCGGACUCCAAAGGUAGGAGGCAGCGGCGGCGGCGGCGGCGACGGCGGCGGCUCUUCAACCUCUACCUACCUACUCUCCUCCUCUUCUUCUCUUAUUUUCUCUUUCUCCUUUGCAUACCCGUUCGCCAGAGAGCCAACGCUGCUGUCUUCCUACAAGAAUCUCGCGAAUUCAAUUGGACACCGGAUGAGCGGAGGUUGCGUGUCAAUAAAUUGCUAUAUAAGGAAACGACGCUGCGAUGACGGCUUAUUAGCUAAGUGCAGUUUUUCCCCGUUAAUGAUCGUGGCUCCUGGCUCUUCUUCAGAUGCUAUUAGCAAUAUUACUAAAAUGAAGAUACUAUUGGUCGCUGUUGCAUCGCUCGUAGUCAUCGAGAUUGAAGCUCAUCCAGGAUGGUCGACUUAUCCUGGCUUCCAAGAUCGAAGAGGAAACAAUCCUGGUCACGGAUGGGGAUAUCCACAACGAAUUGAGCAGCAAAACAAUAAACUUAAUACUGACAUCGAAUGGGUAUGCCAAAAUCCAAGGACAAACGACAUAAUGAUUAUUGCCUCCGAUAACACACGACAUACACCGCAACAAAAUUCUGAUAGGGAAUCAUGGUGGCAGUGGCAUAAUGUUCCACCAGGGCACCAAUGGCAGCAUCAUCAACAUGGAAAUCGUUGGAACAAACCAAUCAUUAUCAUUCAAGAAACUCCAAACACUGAUAACAAUUAUACGCCACUUCCAACAACAUCGAAAACUCCUAAUAACGUUGAUGAACAAACAAAUUCUCCGCCUUAUCAUGGUGGAGAAGGUUCUAUCGAUAUUAGAGGCGGGCCAAUAGAAUAAUCUAUUUUUAUACUUUUUAUUUAAUUAUAU